AUCAGUCCCUUGCCGACAUAAUGGCUGGCGCCUCUUCGCCCAGUGACCUUCUGGGGGAUGCAUCCUUGCCUGUCGUAGCUGGUUUCCUGGCCCGCCAACGGACCGCCGGAAUCGGUGUAGACCUCGCAGUGAUACAAGCGGAUUUGAUGUCGAUGACAGUGGAGCAGAAAAAUCUGGUCAGAAACGGGGUAGAUACCCUGCUCCACAGCCAUGGGCACGAAGUUGAACGCUUCCUCUCAAUACCGCGGACGCAACCGAGGGCGGAAACAGAGAUUGCCAGAAUCCUAAAGAUGCUCAAGCCCCAUACCACAGCUGGGAACCAUCUCCCGAAUGAUCCGGCAGGACCAAAUGUGGACACAGUUAUACCCCAAUUUCAUCAUCAGGUGGAGGAUCUCAUGGCAGAUCCACCCUUUCAGCCGUUUGGCCGCGAGGACGCCCGUGUCUUUGCGAUGGCGAGAUGGUUCAAAGGAUCCUUCAUGCAAUGGGUGGACCCUAUAAAAUGCCCAAUCUGUCGUGGUACCACCAAAUUCCAAGGCAUAGUCGAACCGACUGCCGAGGAGCAGACGGACAGUGCAGGUCGUGUCGAGCUACACACAUGUGAGGAUCUGGCAUGCGGGACGAGCCGUCGAUUUGCACGUUAUUCAACAGAUCGCAAGUUGUUCCAGACAAGAGAGGGUCGCUGCGGCGAAUGGGCUCAACUCUUCUAUGCUUUUCUAAGACACGCCAAAAUACGAUCGCGUUACGUUUGGGCCGACACAGAUCACGUCUGGACAGAGUACUGGUCCCCCACACUAAAGCAUUGGGUCCAUGCGGAUGCAUGUGAAGCUGCUAUCAACCAAAACAUGCUGUACGACAAGGGCUGGGGCAAGGUGCUCAAUCUUGUCAUUGCAGUUGGCGCAGAUGGCUUUGAAGACGUGACUCGCGCGUAUGUCAGCGACUGGGAUGCGUGCCUUUCACGUCGAUACGCCAGAGGAGGAAAUGAAAAAGCGCUCCGAAGGGUCAUGGCGGAGAUGACCAUUACUCAUCGGCUCACGACGCUCUCCCAAACGGACCUCAAGCGACUCGAAGAGACGGACAGCCUUCAACAAGCGUGGAUGACGGACACUGUGCGUCGAGCCAAGGAGGCGGAAUGGCAACAAGUGGGAGGGCGGGUGUCAGGUCCAGCAGAAUGGCGGGCUCGAAGAGCAGAGCUGGGGCAAGUGGUCAAGCCUGCGUACACGGUGGACAGACAGUAUUCAUCGGCGAUCUCUGUCCUUGGCGAUGCGAUUCACACAAUCGAUGGCGUAUGUCUGACGUCUGGGCCGGGCCACACCAGUGGUGUGUUCCUCGGCGUUCCGCAUGCGCAGAAUGCCAAUUUCUGCAUCAAUGUGAGGUUCCGGAUUACCGCGCCGCCGGGUUCCGGGGCUGCGGACGGCAUAGCCAUCAUCUUUUCGCCAGAGCCAAGGUUAGGGGAGAGUGGAUUCGGAAUGGGUUACAGCGGAGUCGGAGGCCAGGGCGACUUCGCUGUGGAAAUCGAUACGUAUCGCACCCAGGACCAUGCGGAUGAUCCGCCUACCCCUCAUAUAUCUGUGCAUUCCCCUCCAAACGCCCAUCAUCGGCACGCAAUUGCUUGCAUGGACAGUCUUCCGAAUCUGAGCGACGGCAAAAUUCACUCAGUUCAGCUGCUGUAUAACGGAGAGACACGCUUGCUCAGAGGUUACCUGAAGCUUGACGGAGAGGACGAAGUGGCAUUAUGGGAGGCAAUCAUUCCUGAAGCUCCGAACGAGGGGAAGGACUGGUUCGUUGGGAUCACCGGGUCGUGUGGAGGCUUAUGGCAGAAGCAAGAAGUAAUAUCUUGGGAGAUGAGCACCAUCCAUUUCGCCUGAUUUGUACAACCAUCACAAGAUGCAUA